CUUUUACAAAAUCCCUGCGAUAUAUAUACAGGAAUAGAACGGGAGAUAUUCUAUACAGACAUCGAGUAGAAGCGGAAAGGGUGAUUCGUUGGGGUAACUGGCCAAAGGAAGAUCAAAUGGAAGUAGGUUAUGCAGAUAUUGGCGUGAGGAAGGAAGGGAUGAGCAAAUGAACUCAAGUGUUAUAGCGAACAAUUCUGAUUUCAAACGAGCUGUAUUCGCUUCAGAAAAACAUUUCAAGAAAAUAAAAGACAUCUUUUUAGUGCUUACUUUAUUGAUAUGUAGUAGUAAUUUAGAUAACGGAAUCAAGAAGAUGCAAUAUACAAAAAGAAAAUAUUACUUUGUGUAACAGUUUUUGAAGUGAAGAACUUUGAAAUAUCUUCUGGUAUUCAUCGUUCACGUUUGCUCUCGAUCUUCAUUCGUUUGCCAGAUGGAAAGCUUCUCUAGUGUUGAAAUAAAGAAGACAAAAUAGUCGAAUUAAUGAAUGACUUAGGGGUGCUAGAAUUGCAAUCAAUUAAUUUAGCAAAGUGCUGAUGUCAGUACGGACAUAGAGCCUGUGCGUGUGGUAGUGGUUUGUAGCGAAGUAGAACGCAAAAAGAAAGAAAACAGCGAGCGUUGUAUAAACAUAAAAAUACCUCAAAUAUCUGAUAAACUGUACAGAACACAUGACGAAACUUUAAACCCCAAACAGUUGAAAGAUACUACGAAUUAACAACAUGUUGACGUUGCGAGGAUUAUUUUUCCUUGCGUUUUUGCAGAUUGACACGCUUUUGAACUGCUUGGCUGUAAAAGGUAAACUCUACAAUAACCUUAGAUCAAAUCGAAUACCACAGGAUGAUACAGAUGAAUUCUAUCACCGUAGAAAACCUGUAGAAGACGUCUCAUUCCACGUUUCCGCUCCCCCAAGGAAGAAACAUUUACGGCAAAAACGAUUGAAGCGUAUUAUUGGACGUGAUUUGAAUAUGAAAUAUGCAUCAUUGGAAAAGCCGCAUUCGUUAGAAAGUGAAAAUAAACUAAAACGAUUUAAUAAUAUAACUAUAUAUGAUGAUGGGAAUUUUAUAGAAAUUGACGUUUCGUUAAAACAUGACCUUGAGCUUUGGUUACCGAGGAGAGGUAGAUGUGAAAUAGUUUACGAAUGGGAAGACCUUGGAUUGAUGUUUUGGCCUCGUUGGAUUAAAAGAGGGCACUGUGAUACGUCAAUGUCAUGCUCUAUUCCAGCUGGAAUGCACUGUGUACCUAAAGAGAGUAAAACAAUCAUGAUUUUACGUUGGCAUUGCCAAACAAACCACCUUGGAUAUACUCUCAAAAAGAAACAACGCCUUCAAGCUAAAAAAGGACACGUCGGAUUACGUCAUAAAUCACAACGAAAACGAGGGCGUAAAGAUCGAAAUAAAGGAUCGACAGGGAAAGAUGGUGAAUCUAAAAGAGACCAAAAGAAACGUCGAAGAGAGAGAAACGCAUUCAAGAGACGGGGCAUGAGUUGUAAAUGGUUGAAGGUUCCCUAUCCAGUGACGUCAGACUGUUUUUGUUCCUGUUAAAUUGUACAUGUACAUACUGCAUUUCAACAUGUUCUUUAAUAUCAGGCGAACUGCACGAAUUAUCGUCCAAAAAUUUACGAAUCGAAUUUUUACCAGAUGGCUAUUACAUACAAAUACAUUUACGUGUAUUACGUGGCGUAUAUCGAUAUUUCCUGUUCCCUGUUUUUGUGAGAUAUUGGAAAUGUUUGAUCCAAAUAAUGGAUUAACAUAGAUUUCUUCGUGUACGACGUCAAAGUGUCUCAUUUUAUUGUCAAAAAUUAUUGUUAGGAAACCAUUUAUGUUUUAUACAGCAGGCUUUUUAAUUCACAGUGAGAUAUUUGUCAACAAUUGUGUAGAAAGGUGAAGCCGUGAUAUGACGUUACCUUUCCAUAUAGAAAUAAGCUAACAAAGUCAACCAGCGUGACAGAACCUUUUUUCGAAAAAUAAAUCUAGCGUUGUGUGACGUAGUACAUCAUUAAGUUAGCAAAGUCAACCAGAGUGAGCAUGAGGAUCCAUCUUUCGAAUAAAAUAAAUCAAACGACAAAAUGAUAACAAACCAACCUAGACAUCUAUCGAAUGUAUUUGAAAAAUAGGUAAACUCAGAAUACUAGGGUUAGGUCAGAAUACUUCGUCAAUAGUCGGAAUACUUGGGUAGCCAAGAACACCUGGGCCUCCACAGACGUUUGUAUGAUAAGUGAGGAAAGUAAAUGGUUUGGUUUAUGUUGAUGAACGAUCUAAUGUUGACAGAGUCCCACUUGGCCUACCAAUAUUAACCAGAGCAAACCGUUCUUCUUUGCCUCCCUUAAAAACUCGUUUUUGCUUAACCUCCUUAAUACACCCUUGGUAUACGCAGCUAACGAAAAUUGACCGGUACGGGUCAAAAGCUGGACCGGCACGGGUUAACGGUUUUACUUGAAUUUAAAACAGCCAUAACUUGCUCAAUAUUGACUUCCUCGUGUCUAAUUUGAAAUACAUGAUGCCUCCCGAUGCUUUU